CGGCGUCCUGGCCAUGGCCGGCCUGUCGGACCUGGAGUUGCGGCGGGAGCUGCAGGCCCUGGGCUUCCAGCCAGGACCCAUCACCGACACCACUCGGGACGUCUACCGCAAUAAGCUGCGCCGCCUGCGUGGCGAGGCCCGGCUGCGCGACGAGGAGCGGCUGCGGGAGGAGGCUCGGCCGCGGGGUCAGGAGCCUCUGCGGGAGGAGGCCCGGCUACGCGAGGAGGCGCCGCUGCGCGCCCGGCCCGCCGCGGCCUCUGUGCGGGCGGAACCCUGGCUCUCCCCGCCGGCCUCGGGCCCGGCCUACAGGACCUCAGGGGCCUAUGGCGACUUCGGGGCCUCCGCCGCUUCCUGGGCUGGGAAUCGCGGCCUUGCCUAUCCCGCCCGCCCUGCGCCGCUCCGGCGCCGCGCCUCGGUCAGGGGCAGCUCCGAGGAGGACGAGGACGCCCGGACGCCCGACAGGGCCGCACUGGGCCCGGCCCGCCGCUGGUGGGCCGCGUCCCCGGCCUCGGCGCGGCCGCCCUCCGCCCUCCUCAGCCCUGACCCGCGCCCCGGCCUGCGGGCCACGCGAGCGGGCUCUGCGGGCGCGGCGCGGGCCCGGCCCGAGGCGGGGCGGCGGCUGGAGCGCUGCCUGUCCCGGCUUCUGCUCUGUGCCAGCCUGGGGCUGCUACUCGUCUUCCUGGGCAUCCUCUGGGUGAAGAUGGGCAAGCCCUCGGCGCCGCAGGAGGCGGAGGACAACAUGAAAUUACUGCCAGUGGACUGUGAGAGAAAAACAGACGAGUUCUGCCAGGCCAAGCAGAAGGCAGCCUUGCUGGAGCUGCUGCAUGAACUAUACAAUUACCUGGCCAUCCAAGCCGGUAAUUUUGAGUGUGGAAAUCCAGAGAAGCUGAAAAGCAAAUGCAUUCCUGUUCUGGAAGCCCAGGAAUACCUCGCGAAUGUGACCAGCAGCUCCUCUGCCAGGUUUGAAGCCGCACUGACCUGGAUACUGAGCAGUAACAAGGACGUGGGCAUCUGGUUGAAAGGGGAAGAUCCGUCUGAGUUGGUGACUACUGUGGACAAGGUGGUCUGCCUAGAGUCCGCUCGACCCCGUAUGGGCGUUGGCUGCCGCCUGAGCCGCGCUCUGCUCACUGCUGUCACCAAUGUGCUCAUCUUCUUCUGGUGCUUGGCCUUUCUAUGGGGGCUUCUGAUCCUUCUGAAGUAUCGAUGGCGGAAGUUAGAGGAGGAAGAGCAGGCCAUGUAUGAGAUGGUGAAGAAGAUCAUAGACGUGGUCCAGGAUCACUAUGUGGACUGGGAGCAGGACAUGGAGCGCUACCCAUAUGUGGGCAUCCUGCAUGUGCGCGACACCCUCAUCCCUCCUCAAAGCCGGAGGCGCAUGAAGCGGGUUUGGGACCGAGCUGUUGAGUUCUUGGCCUCCAACGAAUCCCGGAUCCAGACAGAGUCCCACCGAGUGGCUGGGGAAGACAUGCUGGUAUGGAGGUGGACUAAGCCCUCCUCCUUCUCUGACUCAGAGCGAUAGGUCUCGCUGGGACCUUGUUCCAGCCAGCCUGUCCCCAAAAGCCCAGGCCAGGGCGAGGGGCACAGACCUGUGGUGCUGCGUUCACACUUGCCUUGACUGCUUAUUCCGCCCUGUUCCAGGGGCCUCUAUGAGGAAAUGUGGGUUUCCUUUUAGGGUGGCAGGGAGAAGCUGGAGUGAGGCCCAUCUUCUCUGCCUAUUUUGCUGGCAGAAAAGGGAAGGCUUUGUUUUCCCUGAAUAGAAAAGAGACAAGGGCAGCAGCAGUAGAACUGCUGUACAGCAGUGGUAGGACCGCUGGGCAAGUGUGAGGCCGGUGAGCUGGAGCUCACUGCCAGCCAGCGAGUGCCGUAGCUUGGGAGGUGGGUUGGGGCAGCAGGGGCAUAGGGGAGCACUUGGACCACGUGCCUUCACUGGUGUUAACCUGGGAGCUCAAGGGUGAGGGGAGAAAGCCUGUCCUCCAUCUGGACUGGCCGCUUAUUAGAAGUUAGAACAAGUGACUAUAGAGACCCUCGGGUCAGAUGUGAGCUGAGGCAUGGCCUCCCAGGAGGAAUAGCAAUCUGAGCCAUGAGCCAUGAGGCUGAGACCAGGAGGGUCCAGUUGCUGUACAGCCACCAGCUUCUCAGUGGUGCUUCUCACAGGAGUUGUGAAUUCAGACCCAAAGCCAGGCGUUGCAUAGGACCUAGAAUGCUGGUUCCAGGUCCUGAGAGCACCUUGUUUUACUGUGACCCAGGCCUCCCCUCUUCUCUCAUCCAGGGUUGUUUAAAGGUGAACUUGCAGGGUGGCCAGGUGUGGCACAUGGUCCACAUGGUGCCCCCUGCCGCCACACUGAGCGGUGCUUGCCGCUGGCUCCACCCGCAGACACCCUCUCCCAAGAAACACCCAGCGGGGGGCCUUAUUAGUUUAGUUACGUGCAGAACUUCUCCAGCACACCUCAUCGCACAUGGCUUCUCCAUGGCAGGCAGGAGAGGGGAGCAACCAGAGGAGAUGCACAGCUGCCUCCAGAAGACACUGGCUGCCCCUUUCUGGACUUCCUGGCAUUUUUGUUUCCUUAAUAAAGCUCCAGUCUCCUCAUUUGAGCAAUACUCUCUCAUUUCCUCUAAUGUCUGGAUGAUCAGCUGGGCUGGAAUCUGAGCUCUGCCCGUGGCAAGGCCCUGUUCUUACAACCAGGCUCUAGCCAGAAUAAGAAACAGGGCAACAGACUUCAGUAUCAGGGUUGAAAUUUAGAUAAAUAAACUAUUUAUUGAAAUCAGAUGUGUGUUUUGUUCAUGGUGCAUUUCCUCUCACCCCAAGUAGUGCCAAGGACUGACCAUUUGUGGACUGCUGGACUUGGUGGGAGUAAGCUGGGUAGAGCAAGGGCUUGCUGCAUAAAGCCAUAUGACCAUCCCCCCUGCAGGGUGGCUGUGAGGAGUGAGACCUUUUUUCCUUCAGCUCCACUUUUACCUCCCCUCAGGUUCCCUGCAGCUCUCCCAAAAUGCUCAAUCCCAGCCCUGAGAGGGGAGGAGGAAGAGCAGGGAAGGUGAGUGGGAUUGGAGAGUCAUCCCAGCAGAUGGUGAUGCCCCCUAAGGAGCAGGCUUAUUUCUAGGUCCAGCCAUUGAGGAGGCCACCAUAUGGCAAAUAUGAGGGGCCCUGAUGUUUCAGGGGGUGCAUGGGAGGCUGCAGGCAUUUUGAGUUUGGCACCAAGAGCAGGAGGGAGCCUUCUUCAUAGGGACCCCAGGAAGAGAAGGCCACUUCUUGAGCUGGGUCCUUCAGGGUCUGCAACCAGUCGUAGCCACCUUCCUGUUCAUACCCAGUCCCAACUGUGGGUGACCACUGGUAUGUGAGCACCAACCUGUUAGGUUCCCAACUGCCAGAAUCCUGGUGGGUGAGUGGACAAAGGACCCAGCUCACAACUCUGGAGGAAAAAAGAAAAAAACAGCCCAUCAGUUCCUCAGUGGAAGAUACUCUCGGGACAUGUUUUGUCUGGAACAAAUGCAGAGCUAUAUUAGCUAGGAAGCUGUUGUAAGAACAGGAACCAGAUCAAAAUAAAGGGAGUAACAAAAGGCUGGUCCUCCUUACAGUGGGCAGCCUGCCUGGGCGGAGCAGACAUCUCUGAUCAACUUCACAGCUCUCUUCUGCUCCAGGGGCCAUGCCAGGCCUUUAAGUGGCUCUGGAGGGACAGCACAGGAUGGCGGGGUCUGUCCGAGGAUGGCAUGAAGGUAUCUCGGUAGGAGCUGUGGCUGAGAAGUUUCCAUAGCCCUGCCCAGGGCUGCAGACCUGUCUCCUUAAUGACAAACAGCACUCCUGGGCCCUGGCAGGUACCAAUAAAGAGGCUUGGGGGAGGAGAGAGAGACUGUACCCCACAAAUCUCAGUGUGGACAUCUGCCCAGGAGCUCCAGGCCACCUUCCCAAGGCUCUACUCAGAAAGAAGGUAAACACAGCCAUUUGUCACUGACU